AUGAAGAAGAUACUCGUCUCUUUCCUGGCCAUUGGCCAAAGUCUCGGCAUUACAUGGACUCGAAUCGGCUGUGACGAUGCCUGGUUGGCAGACCACAUUGAUGCCCAAGGAGGUCCCAUGACUAUCGAUCCAGACGCCGUCUGGGCCAAUGCGGUUGCGCUGAGCAAAGGGGCUCGGGAAGCAAUCGCAUCGCUCAGCGGCUACAAACCCUUCCCAAGAGAGGCCCGAAAAAAUGCUGGAGCCAGCGCAAAUUUCAUCUGGAACACCGAGUUUGCAGCCCAUCGAGGAUUGGCAAGUUCCAGCGAGGGCGACAUGGACGAGGUCACCAGCGUGUAUCGCGACAUCGAGAGUGCACUUGCGGGAACCUUGCAAGUAUCGACAGCCCAGCCAGGAUAUCUAUUCUGCGGCGGUCGUGAAUUGACAAAAGACAGAGUGCCUGGCAUUCGCGAUGAUCCGGUGUGGUAUGCAACAGUCACAGAAGCUGGCGAGGGUGGCCGUCUAGGGACGACUGACUAUAUCAUCCCGCGUGUUUUUGAGGGUGCGCAGACUAAGCCGUGCAAGGAGGAGGGCAGUCAAGCGUACUUUGGCAAAACCUUCUACGGUAAAAAAGCCGGCAGCGGCCCAGAGGAAGAGAUUCUGGGAAUCGUCUUGUGCCCCAACCACUUUAAAACGGCAGGCCUCCGAGGAUACGCCACCCUCGACGAAGGGUACGCCACGGAAGCAAUGAAUGGAAACAAGAAGCCUUACGUAGCAUACUAUCACUCGUUGUCUGGAACCCUGCUCCACGAUAUGGUGCACGUCGUGGGCCACGCUCGGGACCCGAGGCCUCCACCGGCAGGCGGAUACCAUGAUAAGGCGUCAGGCUUCCGGGACCAGUACAAACUAGCACGCGGAGUUCCCACUGAUCCGUCCGGCAACCCAGACAAGGCGGCUCACGAACAAAUGCUUCACAACCCAGACGGUUAUCGCCUUUUUGCUGAGAUGUGCCGAUCCCCUGACACAGCAUGGGGCUACCCCGAUGCACCACCGGCAUAG